UGCGGAAUCCAAUAUAGUGAAUUGUUAGCCAGAUACCGGCGAAUACAUGAGGCGAAAGAAGGAAAGAGAUUAGAAACCAGUCACGAAGGACAUAGCUCACGGGCUGCAAGCGAUUCGGCAUCCCCCGUAAUCGAUACUUGUCCAGAGUCCUUUGUUCCUUGUUCCCCCAUACUCAUUACCACCUCCUUCCACCUCUUUCUCUUGCGAGAACAUACCUCAUUCUUCACGCGUCAUACCAGUCAAACCAACAUCACAUUCAUCAUGAAUACCUAUACUCAUCCUCCAAACGCCACCUUCUUCCAAUAUAUGGACGUACCGACCGGUGGCCAACGUCCCUACGCGUUCACGACGCGUCAAUGGGACGACCUUGAACGCGGUGUUGUCCUCGCCUCCGAGCCAAUGUCUGAUAUGUUCGACCAAAAGAACGCUCAAAGACAAAAGUUUACCAAACGCGCUACUCCCGCCUGUCUCGUUCCCGAGCCCCUCCCCAUCGCCGCUCCAAAACCCAUGCACCCGAAUGCGAUCAGUCCCCCUCUGCUCACAUUGCAGUGGAAACUGACCGGCGACGAGUUCUCUACGCCCCCUCCCUCAUACAAUCAAUUAUCGCCACAUGGAUUGGCGAAAGAGACGGGAUCGCUGGCAAUCGCCUCCGAGAAGAACCAGAUUAUCGACGUCGGAAAACGCGCCCCUCAGCCACCUAUCGGCACAGGUCGACCACGGCCAUCCAACAUACGCCGUAGACUGGCAUCCACGGCAGUCUCACGUUCGACCUCUCACUCACGAUGGACCGCCAAUGAGAGGGCCAUGGCAUUAUUGGCCAUUCUCAAUGGUCACAACAGCCCCGUGGCCGCCCACAAACCGUCGAAUCAGUGGGUGCUCGAUGCAGGACGUUCGCCGUAUUCCUCGUAUGACGGUCCCAAUGCAAACUCGGUAUCAUCAUUGCAUGCAUACGACAAGCAUAUUCGUCAACAGUCUUUCCCAAUCUCUGCAUACGAACCGCAAAACCCAAUAUAUGGACCCAUAUCAGCUCCGAGGGGAGUGCCCUCUCAGAGCCAGCGGGUUCAUAUAUCAAGGUCUGCGGGCCGGAGGCGAGUUGGGCAGGAUCUGUGGAAAUCCUGCACCGGUGAGGAGCACAAUGAAGCCAUGGGGAUCAUGGGCACUGUCAACAACCUGUCGGACGGUCUGUCGCGAGAUCGGCCCAUCAUCGUCCACAACACCCCUCGACCUGUUCAGUACAUGAAGAAGUCCCGUCCUCUCCCGCGCCCUCCGAUCCAGGCAGGGAUCACACCGCUCAUCGUAGGCUUCUCAGGCUUGAGGGUGUAGGCCGUUGGGAUGCGUAAUUAAAGAGUAGGAAGGAGCGGUAGGGAGGGGUUGAAGACUUCCCUAGGAGCCUUUAUACCCGGUGACACGGACCAUGAUUUUGUGUAAAACUCACCUUUUUAUUCCUUUGUCUUUUCCACUGUACUUGUAUCAAAUCAAUCGAUAGCUCGUCUUGUCGCCAAAUCAGAUAUCUUUCUUGAACCAACGUAUCA